CAAUUAAGCGUCGGCUGUAGAGAACAUUCUGAUUUCCGUAGACUGUUAGCACGCGGGGUAGCACUUUGCCCGAUCUGUUCUAAAUGGCUGCUUAUGCGCGGAUCGCGAUCCCACCUUCCCAGCUCUCCAGUGCCGCCACGAUUCCCUUCAUUCCAGCUUCUACCGUCGUCUCUCCUCCGAAUAAAGACCCCACGACAGCGUUGACCAUCCUGCCAGUUAGCAAUAGCGACAGGCGGAAUCGCUAUUACCGCUCACCCGUUUCCUUCGAUACAGGAAAGUCAGCCGAUGUGAAGAAUAUCCUCGUUACAGGAUCAAGCCGCAUAUCCUUCGAUAGUGUCACCCCUGUUGACAGGGAUUCGGUGGCGAUGAAACCUGAUCAACAGCGGAUGGUGGUUGCAUCUGCCGACAGGUCGAACGCGGGUUCGGCCGUUACGUGUGAUACUCCCCCCGGCGAUUUGGCCGGUCAGACCAUCGUGGUGGUUGGAUUGGGAGCGUCAGGCAGAGCAGCAGCGCGCCUGGCUCUAGCGAGGGGAGCCGCUGCUGUGAUUGGCCUGGACAGGAGGACAGACGCCAAGGCGCUUGAGGAUGACCCAAGCAUCUGGGACGGACUUCCCGAGCCCACCUCCGCCCCUUCCCUCGCCUCCCGCCUCUCUACCCACUUGGGCCCCCACCCGCUCCCCCUCCUCCUCUCCGCCGCCCUCGUCGUCCUCUCCCCCGGCGUGCCUGUCUCAGAGCCCACCAUAGCCCAGGCGAUUUCUCAGGGCGUGCCAAUGUUAUCUGAGCUGGCGUUCGCCUAUGACUGCCUGCCAGCUGGACUGCCCAUUGCUGCCGUGACCGGGACCAACGGCAAGUCCACUGUCGCCACGUUUGCGGGCCAGAUCCUCGAGUCCAUCGGAAUCCACACCUUCGUGGGAGGGAACCUGGGGACGCCCCUCUCCCUGGCAGCCCUCGAUUUCGUCACAUCACAGCAUGGCCGCGCCGGCAGCUCAAAGCCCAUUCAGGCAGCAGUAGUGGAGGUGAGCAGCUACCAGAUGGAGCUUCCUGGAAGGUUCCGCCCCAAGGCUGCAGUGAUUCUCAACCUCACGCCGGACCACCUGGAGAGGCACGGCAGUAUGGCGAGCUACGGGGCGGCGAAGUGUCGUCUGUUUGCGCGCAUGGAAGAGCCAGACAUUGCAGUCAUCCCAUCCGACGACCCUCUGCUCGAGCGGCUAGCUGGGGAAGCAGGGGGGCAUCCCAGCAUGGCAUGGCUGGGCAGGCUGCCGGGCUGCUGUGUGGACCAUGCUGAGCGUUCCGCCCUGCUGCAGCUGCCAUGCUCUAGAAGCGAUGCCUCUUCCGGUGAUGCUGGUGGCUGUGCGUUUCCUGCUCCGCUCACGCUGGACCUGUCUCCAUUGGGGGCUGUUGGGCGGCACAAUGCGGAGAACGCUGCAGUGGCUGCGCUUCUGUGUCUGGCGCUGGGGCUAGAGGGCAGCGGGGUGAGCUUGGAAGGGGUGCAGAGUGCAGUGAAGGUGCUGCGGCCGCCACCCCACCGCAUGGAGCUAGUGGUUGUGGACGAUCAGGAUCGCUCGUGGAUCAACGACAGCAAGGCCACCAACGUGGAAGCAUCAACGGCUGGGAUUCAAGGGCUGGGAGAGGAAUCUAUGGCUGUGAUUCUAUUAGGGGGGAUUGCUAAGGUGUUGAAGUCUCUUGAUGCAGGGGAUGGAGGUUCAGCUUCCCCUCUUGGCUUCUCCAAGCUCGUUUCUGUGCUCAACCGCCAUCGAGCCGUGAUCACUUUCGGCCAGUCAGGCCCAGCCAUUGCCAGUGAGCUCACAGCCUCGGGUCUCUCUGCCCCUCUCAUUCAGUGCGAAACAAUGGAACAGGCCAUGCAUGCUGCUUCGGACACGGCUCUCCCUGACGACACAAUUCUUCUCAGCCCAGCAUGUGCGAGCUUCGACGAGUUUGACAACUUCGAGCACCGGGGGCAUGUGUUUGCUGACAUCGCGCAAAAACUGUCUCAAGUCUAAUCGUACAAUAAUCAACUGGCGCCUGGUUAUGUGGAGAUGUUUGACUACAAGACUAGUCACAAAUGGUUAUGGAAAUAGUUCCUUACAUUGCCGUCAAAGAUGUAACGAUAAGACUCUUCCCGUCGAGUUGAG